AUGGCGGACAUGCAAGAAAGUGUUGUCGAAGAAGCAGCAAAUUCCAUAGCAGACGCUGAAUCUGUUAUUCCGCACCAACUACCCGAAAAGGUUCUAAAUCAUGUAGACGAAAUAACGGUCUUUGGUUUUGAUGCAUUAGAGAAGGAACACCCGCCAAUUGAUGCUGAAUACAUGCGCCCCACGGUGUCGGUCGUCGAUGAAAACUCAGGUUUGGUCCUGCAGUCAGAAAAUGUAUGUUCGUUCCAGGCAGCCCCGUCGUCCCCCUCUGACAUUUCGCCUGUGGUGAGCGAGGCACCUAUGCAGACAGAAACGAUACAAGAGGCGGUAGCCCCCACAGAGGCCACCAUUCUCUCAAAUGAAAAUGUCAGUCCAGCUGUUACGCUACCAGCUAGCAUGUUACUUGGGUCAAUCGCAAAUUUCAUCGAUACAUCUGCAGGAAACCAAACAAAUUUUAGCAUCAACGACUUGCAGAACAAUCCAUCUUUAAUGAAUGUUUUGAACAGUGCGGAAGUCCAAUCUGCUAUUCAAAACAAUCAACACAUAACCAUAGUACAGGUACCUGACAGAUCACUUUUGGGAGACUUCAAUAAUCUAGGGGACAAAAACUUUUCUAAUCUCAUACAAGUACCAUCAUCAUUAACAUUGGACAACAAUGUUAGUAAUUUGUUGAAAACACAAAAUGUAACUGCAGCUACAAUACCAACAGCCAACCAUUUAUCAAAUGUUGUCACGACGACUCCUACCCCUACUGUACAGCCUUCGCCAAUAGUAACUGCUGUUGGAAAACAAAAUAAAUCUGACGAGAAGAAAAAGCCUCGCCGUGCUGUUACACGGUCAGGUCGUGUAUCAAAGCCGCCAACGUACAGAGUAAGAGACUAUAAAACCUUAAGACCGGGUGCCUUGGCAAUGUGCAGUGAUUCGGAAGAGUAUUCAGACUAUACUCCAGAUGAUGAAGAUGGCGAAGACGCUGAUCGCUCAGAAAACGUCAAAUACCCGUUUGAUUCAGAAAGGCCGAAACGGUUCCAGUGUGAUAAAUGCGAUAAAUCAUACAUUGGUAGGGCCGGCCUCGCAAGGCACUAUAGACUGCAGGCAGAUCAUGGUAGUAUAGAAGACAUUCCAGAACCAGCUCCAACUCCAACUCCAGCACCUGUCCCGAAAGUACAAGUGACCGAGACUGACAGACCAAUGCCAAGGAGACGUGGAAGGCCCCCUAGAUUAAUAAAGCCUGCCCCGACAAGUGCGGAGUAUGCAGUCAAUACACCCAACUCCGUACCUACCACUGCUACAUUGGAUGGUAACAGUAUGGUACAAGGGGAUGGCCAAUCUCAGACACCAAGUGAUGUCAAAGUCAUUUAUCAAGCUCAGACGCUUGGGAAAAGAAAACAAAGAAUAAAAGAACUACUAAAAACAGUUGGAGAUGAGGACCUUUUAGAAUUGGUCCUUCCAAGAUUGUCCAAAGUUGUCACAGUUUGGGAGUUUCUACUUAUGAAAGUUGAAAAGGGACGACCAUGUCGAGCAUACUUUCCCGAUGUUUACAAAGAGCUUGGAAAGAUACGCAAACAGGUACAGAGGAUGGCCGUCGAGUGUUUGGAAAAGGCUGAACAACCUGAGCCAGUGGAGAACAGUUCUGAGAAUGAAGUAGAUGAAAACAUGGUCAUUGAAGAUGAAGUGAUAGCAAACUUGCUUGGUAUUGAAACAGGGUGUUACAAAGUCAAAAGUUCCAUGCCAGAGGUUGAAUUCAAAUACAAGCUACUUGUCACCGAUCCAACAGAGGCUGAGAGAAUGCCGCUUGACAAGCGAACUCUUGAGGUUGUAUCACAAGAUGAACUUGUUGAUCAGUCUCCAACAAAGAAAAGGAAGGUAGAUUGUCAACCACAGAGCCCAUCAAAGCUCAAUUUUGGAACUUCUGGAGCAACAUCUGAUCCAACUACAAUGCAAGUACAGGUCAAAUCAGAAGACCAACCUAGGCAGGUAGGUCUAUCAACACAGUUAACGUAUCGAGGUGAUUCCUCGCCCCCUCCACUACAGCCACUACCACUUCGACAUAAGCAAUCAACUUCAGCUGUUCAAGAGGCUCCACCAUCUACAUGUAUACCCGAGACCAGCCAAUCUACUCAGCAACAGACUAUAGAAACCACCAAUUCAGGAGACUUGAGACAAGAUAAUGGUGUUGUCAUUCCAUCUACAGUACAGCAGGAUUCACAGUUACACACUGCUGCCACCAGUACAGUGAAUUGCAACACUGUCAACAGUGGUGAAGUUUCAUCAAACGAUUUCAAAAUGUUAACCGAUAGUCAAGCAGAGACUGAAGUAAAUAAACCCUGUGAGAACUCUAUUGUCACCGAGAUACAAGUGGAAGAAUCUCGACAGCAAUCGCAGCAUCGAGUGUUGAUGCUGCCACCGGGUUUCAAUUUGUCCAAGACUCAAAAUGGUUAUGCCAUUGAUAAACCUGAUGGCACAACGUGGCAGAUCACUGGGGAGGGGAGCAUACCUCUGGACACAAUACAGGCAUUAUUAAAUAUGGACACUCCACAGGAAAUCUUUCAGGCCCAAACCAAUACGGGGGUCAAUCACGAACACAGUGAACAGGUAUCUAAGAUUGUGGAAGUUGCACAGGCCUCGGUUUCUCAGGAAGAGAUGGAAUUAAAUACCCAGAAUGUUGAUGCAUUGGCUGAAUCGCACUCGACUACGUCUGUACUGCCAGACAUCAAUACAAGUACACUUAAUGCUGAUCUGGUUCCAGGAACUGUUCUUCAGUCUGGUGUAUCUGAAGAGAGUCAAGUACGAACGGUUGACCUGUCUCCGGCCAUAUGCUCAGAGAGUUCUUUUGUAGCGAUGACAGAAACCCCAGCGUUAACAAAUGGAACUGCUGUAAAGUCUGUUGAAAAUAGUAUUGUGUAG